CCGGAACCAGAACAUCAACAGCUCGCAUAUCAAAGGAUAGGAAUACUUCAUUUGGAUCCAUCUUAAUUGUUGGGUUUCCGCCAGCUCGUACCCCACAUCCGCUAAACUCUUCUUGGGCAUGGAAUCCGGCGGAUAUCUCUUAUCAGCCCCUCAUCCAACCGCGUCUCCCCAAAUUGUUGUUCAAGCUUGACCAUGCCGGGCUCACAGCGGCAAUAUGAUAUGUCGAGACUAUCGUGGCAUUGGAGGGGUGACAGCUCUGGCCAUUGAUCGAUGCAAGAGGCACGUUUCGGGAGCUUCUUGUGCUAUAUUCUGUACCUACUAGAUCGAUUCCGUCCAUCCAUCCAUCCCACUUGUCAAUCCAUCGGUAUCCAGACCCAAUUUGAUACAGCAGAUCCCGCUGGGGUUUAUAUAUUAUCCCUUCCCCUCUGAUCUUCAUUGUGAUACUUUUGUCUAUCCAUACCCUUCACUGACCUGCCAGUCAUUGUUUCUCAUCAGUCUAGUAACCGUCCAGCAAAGGAACACACACAAUGGCUCUCGAUAGACUCAAGUCUGUAACCAAGCACUUCACCGGCACUUCUGAUCCUCCUCACCCAUUCGAUCCCCUCUCAAAUGCCGAGAUCGAAGCCGCUGUCGCAGUUAUCAGCAAGGAACAUGGGAAGCUUUUUUACAAUGCUGUCACUCUACGCGAACCACCGAAGAAGGAGAUGUUGAGGUGGUUGGAAACUCCAAAGACUACCCCACUCCCAACCAGAAUUGCUGAUGUUGUGGCUCUGGCGCCUGGUGGGAAGGUUUACGAUGGAUUGGUGGAUUUGAAGACGGGGAAGAUUGUCAAGUGGGAGCAGAUGGAGGGUGUUCAGCCGUUAAUCACCAUGGAGGAUUUGCAGAUAGUCGAGCAUGUUGUGCGAAAAGACCCCAAGGUCAUUGAACAAUGUGUGAUCAGUGGAAUUCCAGCGGAAGAUAUGCACAAGGUUUACUGCGAUCCUUGGACAAUUGGUUAUGAUCACAGAUUUGGCAGCGAUGUUCGGUUGCAACAAGCCCUUAUGUACUACAGACCACACGUGGACGACAGUCAAUACUCCUUCCCGCUCGACUUCUGUCCCAUCUUCGACGCCGACAAGCAGGAGAUUAUCCACAUCGACAUCCCCGAGGUCCGCAGACCAGUCAACAAAGCCAAGCCCAACAAUUACCACGUAGCAAGUAUUGAGGCGGAGGGAGGAUACAGGACAGAUAUCAAGCCAAUCAACAUCACACAACCAGAGGGCGUAUCGUUCAAGAUUGAAGGUCGAACCAUUGACUGGCAGAACUGGAAUGUCCAUGUGGGAUUCAACUACAAGGAAGGCAUUGUUCUCAACAAUAUUACCUACAAUGACAAGGGGACUGUGAGACCGAUUUUCUACAGAUUGUCUUUGGCGGAGAUGGUUGUGCCAUACGGAAACCCAGAACAUCCUCACCAGCGAAAACAUGCUUUCGAUUUGGGCGAGUACGGUGGAGGAUACAUGACCAACAGUCUUUCCUUGGGGUGUGAUUGUAAAGGCGCGAUUCACUAUAUGGAUGCAGCCUUUGUCAAUCGUGCUGGAGAAAGUACCACGAUCAAGAACGCGAUCUGCAUCCACGAAGAAGAUGCUGGUAUUCUGUUCAAGCACACCGAUUUCCGUGACGACUCGGUCAUCGUUACCCGAGGCCGCAAACUCAUCAUUUCCCACAUCUUCACCGCGGCCAACUACGAAUACUGUGUGUACUGGAUCUUCCACCAAGAUGGUACUGUCCAGUUAGAGAUCAAGCUUACUGGCAUUCUCAACACCUAUGCUAUGAAUCCUGGCGAAGACACGAAGGGCUGGGGAACCGAGGUCUACCCAGGAGUUAACGCACAUAACCAUCAACAUCUCUUCUGUCUUAGAAUCGACCCCAAUAUCGAUGGACCAAAUAACACAGUCUUCCAAGUCGAUGCUACUCAAGGGGCAGGCGAGGUUGGAAGCAAGGAAAACCCAUACGGAAACGCUUUCUUCGCCAAUAGAACCAAGUUUACUACAGUGAAGGAGGCUGUCAGUGAUUAUAACGGAGUUACUUCGAGAACAUGGGACAUGUGUAACACCAACAAGCCCAACCCUUACAGCCACAAGCCUGUCUCUUAUAAGCUAGUCAGCAGAGAAGUUCCUAAGCUGUUACCAAAGGAGGGUUCGUUGGUUUGGAAGCGUGCUGGUUUCGCUAGACAUGCCGUGCACGUCACAAGAUAUGACGACGACCAAAUCCUCCCCGCAGGCCGCCACGUUCCACAAACUUCGGGCGAGCCCUCCCGCGGCAUCCCGGAAUGGAUCGCGAAUGGCGACGCAUCCAUCGACAACACCGACAUUGUACUCUGGCACACUUUCGGUAUCACGCAUUUCCCCUCACCUGAAGACUUCCCCGUCAUGCCCGCCGAGCCAAUGACGCUUCUCCUCCGUCCUAGAAACUUCUUCCUUCGAAAUCCAGCACUCGAUGUACCGCCUAGUUAUUGCAGUACGCCUAGCCAAGUUGCAGGACAAGGGAAGGUGCUUGAUGCGGCGGACAAGAUGUCGAAGUUGGUUGUUGCUGCGGGUGACGCGAGUUGUUGUAAAAAGUAAGGUAGCAGUACAGUCAUGGGGCGGAUUUAUGAUGCGCGUGGAGUUAGGUGGCGUACAUGGCUUACUGGAUUUCUUGCACAUGGUUCAGAUAAGGGUUGAAUAUUAUGACCAAUUACUUUGUCCUACAUUUUGUUUGCUUCAUUUGUGUCUACCCAUUCUCAGUCUGCCACGACAUUCUGCUUUUUCCUCCUCCUCUCCUAAUUGUCUCCUUAGCAAUACAUACAAGCUACGCAGGCCAAUCACACUAUCCUUACAGGAGUCAAAGAUAUUAAC